AUGAAGUUUCCAACCGUUCUGCUCGCUGUCUCCGGCGCCCUGGCGAUUCCGCAAGCCCAACAGAGUGACGCGAUUGCUCGCCGCGCCCAAGUUCUUUGCGGGAGAGCCGAAAACAUCAACAUGUCCCAGUGCAAGACAGACACCGAGAAAUGCAUCACAGACAGUCUGGCCGAGAAGAAGCUGGAUAGUGUCCCAUCACCUGCCGACUUCAUCUUCUGGGGCAACGUCAAGAGAUGUGGCCUCGGGAAGCAAAUCGGAUCCAAAAACUCGACGCCGCAGAACUUUGUUGCCUUGAACAACGGCGUCCUUACCCUCAUCGAUGGCUGCGAAGUACAGGAGGGCAACGUCUUCUACUGCAAUGAAUGGCCUAAAGGCAAUCCCGGAUCUUGCAGCAGCGAAGACAAGAAUUGCUAUCCGAUGAGCAUGCUUCCCGAGCUUUGUGCCGAGGCAGGAGUGUGCAAGACGUGUGAAUACGGGCUUUCCAACAGGGGCGGCUUCGGUAAGAGAGCCGGCUUUUCUCCUAACACCAUCUACUGCAAGCUGGAGUAA